AUGGCUUGGCCGGAACCGCGAAACACGGGGAUGGAGUACCGUCGCCUCGGACGGUCCGGGCUGCACGUGUCUGCCAUCGGCCUUGGCGGUUGGAUGACGUAUGGUGGCUACACCGGCGACGAGGCCACCUUUGCGUGCAUGAAGAAGGCGUACGAUCUGGGCGUCAACUUCUUCGACACGGCGGAAAACUACACGGCCGGCGAGUCCGAAAAGGUCAUGGGCCGGGCCAUCAAGCAUUUUGCUUGGAAACGUUCAGAUUUAGUCAUCACAACGAAAAUCAACUGGGGCGCCGUCAACGGCGAGAUCCUCGUCAAUAACCACGGCCUUUCGAGAAAGCACAUUAUCGAGGGACUCGACGCGUCGCUUGAGCGCCUCGGCCUCAAGUAUGUCGACAUUGUGUACGCCCACCGGCCCGACCGGCUGACGCCCAUGGAGGAGACGGUACGGGCGUUCAACUUUGUCAUUGACCAGGGCAAGGCGCUGUACUGGGGCACUUCCGAAUGGAGCGCCGACGAGAUUGCUGAAGCAGUCGGUAUCGCCCGGGACCUACGCCUCCAGGCACCCAUAGUGGAGCAGCCUCAGUAUAACAUGUUGGCGCGGGACAAGGUCGAGGGUCAAUUCCAGCGCCUCUACUCCCGCUUCGGACUUGGUUUGACGACUUUCUCGCCCAUCAAAAUGGGCAUGCUGUCGGGCAAGUACAACGAUGUGGUCGACGGCAAGCCGCCACCAGCGGACUCGCGAUUCGGGGCCAGCAAGGACGGUUUCGCCGACUUUAUGCGCAAGCGCAUGGGAACGGACGACUGGCGCACCGAGAUUGAUACGGUCCGCGCUCUCAAGCCGGUCGCCGAUCGCUUGGGCGUCUCGCAGAGUCAGCUCGCCAUUGCGUGGUGCCUCAAGAACCCGCACGUCAGCAGCGUCAUUACCGGCGCAAGCAAGCCCGAACAGCUGGAGGAGACGAUUGCGGCACUCAAGGUGCUAGACAAGCUGACGCCUGAAGUGAUGGCUGAGAUUGAUUCCAUUACCAAGAACAAGGUGGAGUUGGAUCCAGCAAGGCAGUCGUAA